CCAAACUCACAACUCAAAUCAUCACCCUCCUGAAAAUAUGGGGUUUUCACCUUCAUUUUCUUGCAGUGCUAUGGGAGCCCUAAUAUUGGGUUGCCUUCUGCUUCAAGCAUCAAACUCUAAUGCUCAGUUGAGGCCUGACUUCUACUUCAGGACUUGCCCAUCUGUUUUCAGCAUCAUUGGGGAUACCAUCGUCGAUGAACUGCGGAGUGAUCCUCGUAUUGCUGCGAGCAUCCUUCGUCUUCACUUCCAUGACUGCUUUGUUCGUGGUUGCGAUGCAUCGAUCUUGCUAGACAAUUCCACAUCAUUCCGGACCGAGAAAGAUGCUGCUCCAAACGCAAAUUCGGUUCGAGGGUUCAAUGUCAUAGAUAGAAUGAAAGCAUCCCUUGAGAGAGCUUGCCCGAGAACGGUGUCUUGUGCAGAUAUGCUCACCAUCGCCUCUCAAAUAUCAGUGCUUUUGUCGGGAGGUCCAUGGUGGCCGGUACCGUUGGGGAGGAGAGACAGCGUAGAAGCUUUCUUCGACUUGGCUAAUACAGCUCUUCCCUCUCCAUUUUUCACACUUGCUCAACUUAAAGCUGCUUUUGCUGACGUUGGCCUUAACCGCGCCUCGGAUCUAGUCGCUCUUUCUGGUGAUCACACAUUUGGAAAAGCACAAUGCCAAUUCGUGACACCUCGUCUCUACAACUUCAAUGGAACCAACAGACCAGACCCAACUCUGAACCCAACUUACCUCACCGAACUCCGUCGAUUAUGCCCUCGAAACGGAAACGGCACCGUUCUGGUCGACUUCGAUUCCGUGACUCCAAACGCUUUCGAUAGUCAAUACUACACCAAUCUCCGUAACGGCAAAGGUCUUAUUCAGAGUGACCAAGAACUCUUCUCGACUCCAGGAGCCGACACCAUUCCACUAGUAAACCAAUACAGCAGCAGCACGUUCGUGUUCUUCCGAGCAUUCGUUGAGGCAAUGAUCAGGAUGGGAAAUCUUAGACCAUUGACUGGAACGCAAGGCGAGAUAAGACAGAACUGUAGGGUUGUGAAUUCACGAAGAAUUAGGGUUGUGGAGAACGACGAUGGUGUUGUGAGUUCUAUUUGAUUAUGCAUGUUAGUGAUAUAUGGAUAAUGUAAGAACGUAUAAGAAUGUGUGGGAACAUUUCGACUAAAUAACGUUCUUACAAGUUAUGAGAUUUAUGAAAUUUGGUCUUAGUUGAUGAUACCUUUGAUUCGAUUU